AUGUAUUGUUUCCCUUUGCUGAAUUAUUUACCCACACAGUCGAACUUUGCUACAUUGGACGAAAGCACGGGGGUUAUCGUCAGCAGGAGGGCGGAUAGGCACUUUGAGGAGGAAGGCCCAAUCCUCUGUGCUGCAUUAGAUGGGAUGAAGCUUCCAUCGUUUCCCGAAUAUGAAGUGAGAGUCAGGUACGCUACUGAGCACAGAUGUGGUGUGGUUGUCAAAGGACCAAGGCUAAGUGGAAACAUUUCCGGAACUGAUCCGUUGAAAGACAACCGCUUGCAUCUAAAGGCUGAACCUUUGGAUGAUUCGGAAGAAGCCAAAAACACCGCAGCUUUGGUUAACGAGCUCUCUAAGGAGAUCACGCGUAUACUGGUUUCUCAACCCAUCAAUGCAAAGCGUGCAGUCGAGGGGAAGAAUAUUGCUAAUGUUGUGCUAUUGCGAGGCUGUGGUAUCCGGAUUGAGGUACCUCCCUUUGAAACCAAGCAUGGACUCACGCCGUGCAUGGUAGCUCCUACCAAGAUCAUAGCCGGGCUGGGGCUGUCAUUGGGCAUUGAUAUCCUUGAAGCACCUGGAGCAACUGGAGAUUAUAGAACUCUCUUAACUUCCAAGGCAAAAGCUAUAGCCAAGGCACUCUCUGCUCCUCUGGACACGCCACCUCGUGUUUUUGUGCCUGGAGAGGAUGAAUAUAAAGCCGGAAGAGAAGACGGAUAUGACUUUGGUUUCUUGCACAUCAAGGCUAUUGAUGAUGCUGGCCAUGACAAGGCUGUCAAGUUAAAGGUGCGAGGCCUGGAAGCUGUUGACCGGGCUAUUGGUCAGCUUGCAAGGCUCCUGUGGGAAGCUGAGAAGUCCGGGCAGUACCAGUACUUCCUCUGUGUCACUGGAGACCACUCUACUCCGGUUGAGUACGGAGACCACAGCUUCGAACCUGUCCCGUUUGCGAUAUGCCGGCUGAGAGAUUUUGUGGGAGCAAUUGGGGAGGACAAUGUGAUGAACACCCCCCUCGACGAUUUCCCACUGCCUUCGGUUAAGUCCGGAGAAGAUUUAACCGAUGAUUCAGAACCAGCGGAACACAAGCCUGAAGAGCGUAAAGCUUUUAGCGGCGAUAAAGUGUGUGAAUACACCGAGAUUGCUGCUGCAAGGGGCUGCCUUGGGCGGUUCCCUGGAAGUGAGAUGAUGGGCAUCAUCAAGAAGUUCAUGAAAGCAAAGAAUGAUUAA